AUGGCCAAGUACGUGGCGCAAAUAAUUAUUGUAGGUGCUCAAGUUAUUGGUAAAGCUUUUGCAAGAGCUGUCAGGCAAGAACUGAAUGCAAGUAGAGAAGCUGCAAGGAGAGGAGGUGGUGGAAAAACGGGAGCAAAACGUGCACAAGAAAACAUUAGAUCGGGUAUAACAUUAGAAGAAGCACAACAAAUUCUUAACGUUAGCAAAAUGGAUCCGGUUGAAAUAAAAGAAAAAUAUGAACAUUUGUUUAAUGCAAAUGAUAAAACCAAAGGAGGAUCUUUUUAUUUACAAUCUAAAGUUGUGAGAGCUAAAGAAAGGCUAGAACAAGAAUUAGAAAAUAUGAAAUCGGAAAAACAUAAAAUGAGUCAACAAGAUCGUAAACAAAAUGAAAAAUGUUUUAAUAUUCGAUUUUGA